GUGUAACUGUUAGAUGGAUAACAAGUUGAAGCUGUGCUUGGUGAACAGUACAGAACAUAAAUUGCUUUAGUUGAAUUAGUUCCUUUUAUAAAGGGAACCUCAUGAGGACUGAGGGGAGAUCAUGUGAAAGGAGGAAGUAACAAACGUGUUGUGGUGAAAAACGUACUUGAAGAAGAAGAUUCAGGAAACACUUUCAGACUCAGUCUGCUCCGUCCAACUGUCUCUACUGUCACUUCACCCUCGACGACAUGAACGAGAUGAGGAUUGUAAUGCUGGGAAAAACAGGAGUUGGUAAAAGCAGCGUGGCGAACACCAUAUUAGGAGAGGACGUGUUCCAGAUCGGCCUCUCUGGCAUCUCUGAAACAAGAGAAUGUCGAUCAGAAACCAGAUGUGUUGAUGGAAGAGACGUCACCUUGAUCGACACUCCUGGUUUGUUCGACACGGGUCGAUCUGAAGAGGAGCUGAAGGCUGCAAUAGUGAAGUGCAUCACAGAGUGCUCUCCUGGGCCUCAUGCUUUUCUCAUAGUGUUUAACGUGGGGACAUUCACAAAGCUGGAGCAGGAAGUGAUCAAUAAAAUCAACCAAUACUUCUCUGAAGAAGCUUUCAAGUAUGCAACAGUCCUCUUUACUCAUGGUGACCAGCUGGAGGAAGGACAGACUAUUGAGGAAUAUUUCCACAACAAUCAGCGUGUGAGUGAUCUGAUGAAGAAGUGUGGAGGCCGCUGCCACGUCAUUGAUAACAAAUACUGGAAGAACAACCAGCCGGAUGAUUACAGGAGCAACCAGUUCCAAGUGAAGCAGCUGAUGAAGACCAUCAAUCACAUGAUUGAGAAAAACAAGGGAAGCUGCUUCACCAACGAGAUGCUACAAGCUGUGGAGAAACUGAUACAAGAGGAGGAGAAACAGAUCAGACAGUCAUCAGGAAACAAGACAGACAAGGAGAUCAGACAGAAGGCUAAAAAUAGAGCAUGUAGUAGGCUUUUGAUCAAAUUGGCAGGUGUUGCAACAGGUGCAUUGUUAGGAGCUCUUCUUGGUGGCGUUUUUGUUGUUGGAGCAGCAGCAGGAGGACCAAUUGGACUAGCAGCAGGCUUGAUGAUCGGUGCAGGUGUUUUAGGAGGAGCGAUCAAAGGAGGUGCUAGAGGAUACGAUGCCGCUAAGGAAGCAGACACACCAAGCGAGGCAGUAGAGAGAGCAGCAGAUGCUGUCUUUAAUGUAAUCUCUGCCUUUAAAGAUCAGAAAAAGGUGCAAUGAACAAAUCUGAAUCAAAACCUUUAAUGUGCCCUUAGGAUUCUUAGAACGUGUCAUUAAACAUGUCCUUUAAACACCUCCUUUAAACAACAUGGAAUCUUUAACUAUUGAGAUGAUGGUGUUCGUAUGUAACAGGUUGAACUUCUUUCGUCAGCUUUCUUCUAUUUUCUGACUCUUUUCUGCAGGAACAGCUGCAGAGCAAAGCGCUUCCUGACUAAAAGUUCAAUCUUUUCUUAUUUGUAGUACAAAGUGCCUGAUAUGUUGUUUCUUAUGUGUAUUAUCAACUGUGGCAACAAACCACAAAUAUAAUGUUGUUUCAUCAUCUUGCUUCAGUAAGAUCUUUAGAAAAUGUCAAACUAGUGUGGUCAUUUGGAUGUUGAAUCGUUGUUCUGUUUCCUGUUACAACGUCAACCAGAACAUGUUUGUUUCUAUUUACAUCAUUUUGUGAGACAAUAAUUGUUUUUAUCUGUGGAUUAAAAUGUGUCAGCAAGACAAAUAAAACAAGAAAUGAAUUGAA